UUGUCUUUUCUCUUUUCUUUUCAGUUUAUUUUAUUUUCUGGCCAAAGUGUUUUCUUUUUCUUGUGAUUUUAUUUAGUUAGUUUUUCUCUUUAUUUUUAUCAUUAGUAAAUCAUCACUAAUUUGACACAAAGUAUGGAGUCUAAUUGAUUAUUUCCUCAGAUGAUUUUGAUGAUUGUGACGCCGCUUGUGAUUCAAUCAUUCAACAAUUUAAUUAGAAAGCAAUCACAUUUCAACAGCCAUGGCUGAAGCUCCUCUUGAAUCAUGGGAAGAUCUGGAGACAGAGAACGAGGCCUUACCAUCUAAAUUAGGUAAAAUCAAAUUUGAUGGAACCUGUGAAGAUAAAAAAGGUGUCGACUGUCCAUCACAAUCUGAAGGUAUCACCAAAGGAAAGACUAACAACUUUAGUGGAAAUGGUAUGAAAAUAUUACAAAGGCCAACUAAUGUUCAGCCUCAAUGUUCAUCAACUACAACAGCAAAAACAAUAAUUAAUCCACAAAUAACACUAGAGGAUAAUACACGAACCCAAUAUGUGCCCCAAGUUAGGAUACUUCAAAGACCCAAAGGACCUCCACAGGGAUCAAAGAAUGGUCAAGAUGGAGAAAACAAGUCGCCAAGUAAAUCCAAUGGAAACAAUUUAAUCACGAAAAGCUACCAGGAAAGAGAAGCAGAAUAUGCGAAAGUACGUUUACGGAUUUUAGGAAGCGCUGUUCCAGAUUACAAGGACAGUGAUCUUGUUCCAUCAGCUUCACUUUCAUUUGCAAGUUCUACUUCUACUUCUACUUCUAACACUGUUGUCACUAAUUCUAGACAAGCUAAUGGUGAUAUUUCAUCUCAAGCGAGUGGAAGUAAAUCAUCAUGUGAAUUGCCAGUUGUACGAUUUCCUCAAGGACCUGAUGGAUCAAAAGGUUUUUCCUCUCGAAGGCGAAAGGCAAAAGUGUAUAACCCUUCAUCUAAAUUGCGUGAUAAUUACUAAACUUGAUCACAAUUUAGGUUUAACCAUUGAUAACGACAACCAAACAACAAUCAUCACCAGACCAAUUCCCUCAUAUACUAACCUAAAAAUAACCAACUAAGGACGACAAAAGACUAUGGCCACUACUAAAUGUGCUAUUUUUCAUUUUCAAAACAAAAAACGAUAAUUUUGUAAAACAGAGAGAUUAAGAAGUUGGAUAAUAAUCAAAAACCGUUAGAAAAAAACCAAAAGAAACACAAUUUGUAUUGACAUGUCAGAAAAAAAGGUUAACCUGUCGAGUUAAUUGUCACAAUUGGUAUCGCUUAUAUUUAAAACUGAAAAGAUUCAAUUCGGGUCAUUCUCCUCUGUUGUACAUAAAACAAUUUCCCUCUCGCGAACAGUGAACAAUUAAUUACUAAUAAAGGACAAUUAUUAACAAAAUUAAA